GCAAAAGAAGCAUUAAUAAUGUUCUUUCCCACGAUAGUAAUACAUCCUUAUUCUACAUUCAAAACAAUACCCAAAGUUGUGCAAGAUUCCAAAGAAUCUGUCAAAGGUCAUACAGAAUUUAUAUUAGUAGUUCACGUUGAACAACACAUGGUAUUUGUUGACAUAUUAAAUUCCUAUCCAAAACUUCCUAAUGAACAAAUGACUUCACUUGGAGAAGAAUAUCUUCAUCCCAAAGAAAACUCCAUAUCUUAG